AUGAAGGACCUUGAUGUACCGACAGUGUCUGUCAUUGGUUAUAUUGGGUCAGGAAUUGGCCGAGUACAUGUAGGAAAAUCGUGUUUGAUACACCGGUUCCUCUCAAAAACUCCCUAUUGUGAGGAUCAGCUGUCCGUCAUUAGCCACUCCGAGUUCGACGGUGAAGUCGUCGGUGGAGAACACUGGUUGUACUGGGGUGAAGCAAACCUUGAGAUAGGUGUUCGUCCAAUCAGUUUGCGCAUUGUUGAACACUGUGAAUUUGUGGAUGAUCAUCUUUUCCUUCCCAUAUCCGUCACAAUCCCUUAUUCUCACCGGUGCUUAUCUAGAGAACUGCAUGUAAGAUGUAGAAAGUCGGCCUAUGUUUGCAAAGCUCAGCUGAGCGACGAGGCUUCCUUCUCCAGUGUGUACCUUCUUCCAGGUAAAGUGCGCAUCUCUGUGUUUUUGUUUGUUUACGACACAACGCUGUGUGGAACAGCAGCAUCCCAGCAAGCGAGCUUUCUGAAGCACGUACUCCGUGAGUUGUGCUCAAUCAACUUUCCUCUUGUGAUUGCAACAUCUAAAUGCGAUACGGAAGCAUCCCCCGAGGCCUUGACCUAUUUGGAAGAAUCCCUCGGAAGUGCCAAGAAACGCUGGAUCAAACGACGAUUUGCCGUCGUUGAGACUUCGGCAAAGCUCAACAUUAAUGUGCAAACGCCAUUUCAGUAUGCAGGCUUACUUUCCUAUGGACUGCUACCAGAGAUUAAGCUUGGCCGAAAGUCACAUGUCAGCAAGCUCGACCAGCACCUAGGAAGGCUCACUUUCAAAAGCAAAACCACAUUGCAGGCUUCCUUCAAGUACAACGGAUUUCACAAUGGGUCGACCAGACCAGGCCUCAGUCCAUCGUACUUUAUUGAUCCCGCGGACUCGUAUUCAGUAGCCUAUGCAGAGCAACAGCGGAAACAACAGCAUCAAAAUGGAAACAAUCUAACGGCAAAUGUUCGAUUUCAGCCCCCGAGGCGCUCUGUGAUUCCAUUCUCUCCUAACCACAUCCACUUGGUAAAUUCGGAUUGUCCACAGGACCUCAGUAGACCCCUCACAUAUUCUUACGGACGUGGAGAAGCUCUCACUAGAAAAUAUUGCCAGCGAUCUCCUUUCGAUGAAUCCAUUUCCACACUACCUACUCCUCCUCCUGUAUUGCUUUCCAGUCCAAUAAGCACCGGUCCAUUUGAUCUCACCAGUUGUCCUUCAUUUUUCACUUCCUCGGACGGUCAACAACCAGCGCUACCAUAUCAUCCCGCUCCGACACAGCCUGUAGCAGUCCAUCCUCUUGUGAGAAUUUACGUCCACGGAGAACCUGUCACCGUACACCAUGUGAUCCAAUCCUUGCGCGCAGCUUGCCCGUUUGAUCAAUGCCAUACUAAGAACGGUGAUUUAUACCGCGUUUGGAUUCUGCCUGCGUCGUCCGUCUGCAGUACAUCUGCGGAACUGGAUAGAUUUGCACACAAUGAAAGAUUAUCAUCUAAUCGAUCUCUGUCCCCCGUUGAUCGUCCUUUCUUCAUGUCAGUCCCUCCUGAACCGACGUUCCUAUCCAAAUCGCACGUUUCGGCCUUCUCUGCUCCCUCUAACAGUCCGAACGACGAAAAUGGGGUUGAUGGAGCAGGAUUUCGUGACAGCCAAACCACCCAGACAAGUCUACCUUCCACAUCGGCUUCUGAGAGUAUGCACUCCAACGAAGCCGCCGAAUUGGAAGGCUCCCAUAGUUCUGAACACUCAGCCGUUCAUCAGUUGUGUCUUCACUUGCUGGUUUACAGUUCGCUGGUCGAAUUAGAGAAACACACAGUUAAUCGUGUCACUUUUGAAUGUUCGUACCAUGUGAUCGGCUGCUUUCCACGUACGAAUUCGGUAGAUACGAACAUGGUGGAUUUGCUUUCAAAUGGUCUCAUCCUUUCCUCGCAGUGGAAUUUACCAUUCUUGAAUUCUGAAAAUCCAGUGAAUCCGGACUUAUUGAAGCAUCUCCUUAGCCUGGCUUGCAAGGUCAGUGCUGACUCUGAAUCGCCAUGCGUACAGCCUAUCAUCAAUCUGGAUUGGACUGCGUUCGGACUGAGUGACAGCCUGCUCGAGAUUCUUCGAUCAUUGCUCCUUCGAUCGAAUGUGACAGCUACAGCAACCCUCAGUCCGUGCACUGAUCCUACUGUUCCCCGCCACCACACAAUUUUAGGUGCGAUUAUGUCCUUGCCAGAUCAAACUAUCACCACAACCGCUGUGACGACAUCAGCAAGGGAGGUUCCGAUCCUGAGUAACGCUCGACCUACUGUUUUCUUUCCUGUCAACACCACCAACCCAGCUGCCACUAAACCAAAGCCAAACGCCAUGAACUUUGUCGGUGUUGCACCGCGGUUCUUCUAUUUGCACCAGUUGAGUCAAAUCCUCAAAGACGAAAGUAUGGCGUCCCCAAAGACUUCAGCUGUAUCCCGAAUUCUCUUCAUUCAUUACCUAACUUCGGUAUGGUCUUCUGUGGAACCGGAUUUGCGAGACACUCUCGACAAUCUACUCCUGGCAUCUACUGCUCCAUCAGAUCUGACAAGUGACUCGCAGUUGAUCGGUUCUGGGAUCAAGGCCAUUGUCUUGGUUGCCAUACGCGAACCUGUGCCACUUGAAGAGGGUUCUAAUGAAACCGUUGCUAUAACUGCAGGAUUCGAAUGCAUGAAACAAAUUGCAGUGAAAUAUCAGUGUUCUGUGCGGAUGGUCGUUGACACACCACAGAUUCAGGGUGAUGGCAUCAAGCGUGUACAAUCAUCUUCAUUGGCUGACCCACCUUGUACGUCGGAUAAACCACAACUACUUUUCAUUCCAAUCUCUUCUUCUGAUGGAUUCCAACAAGUGAUUUAUCGUCUUGCCCUCGAGAGUGAAUCCAGCUUGUCCUCCUCUGUUCUCGGAUCCUCAACAAACUUUCGCCAGGCUACACGAGAAUCGCUGUACUCCUCCGUACCAACCUUGAUCGAUAAGCCGUGCAAUUACAACGUCAACACGAGUACCCCUCCUCAUCCUCCCACAAAUGUGUUUCCCCGUUCCGUGUAUCAGCCGAUUACAAUCGCUUCACGUUCUGUAGCUGCGACCGCCAACUCGCCGAACAGUUUAAACCUGUGGUCGUAUUCCAGCCCGACAAUAGGCCAGUGCUCCCCCACUGGACAAAGGGUUCCCAAGUCGAAUAUGGUGGCGUUACCUUGGUUACCUCUAAGUCCGGCAGAUGCACUACGCCUGUCCACUUGCAAACGUCCGGCCUACUUUACUCAUCGUCUGCCAGUCCCUCGUCCUCCUAACCCAUUGAGUCAGUCCCCGUCUAAGCAAUCCCAGACACCGGCUUUGGUUCGGUCAUUCAAUGGCCCCACCAGUGGUCCAUUGCCUGGGGGCACUGUGGAGGAAUAUUACGCCGAAUUACCCAAGGUUCCUCAACGUGACCCAUGUGCUUUCGAACACCGUCCACGUCGUCCAAAUCGCCCGAAGCGCCCCUAUCCUCGCACAUCCUCAACAAACUCCGUCUCAUCUGCAUCGCCUCCGCCCACACCAACCUGCGUAGAUUUGAACUGCUCUCCUUCUCCAAUCUUCUCUGUUGCUUGCGCAACUGGUGGAAACCCCAAGGCCACUAGUCCAAUCCCUCAAUUGUGUGUGAGGAAACCGGAACUAGAGGAACCACUGUUAUCUUCUGAACCUGGUGUCUAUGCUGAAGUAGAUGAUGCUCUUAUCCCCGACACAUCCGUUUCAUGUACUUCCCCCGUUCAUCUAACGAAUUCGGCACCCAAUUUUUUCUCAGACCCCAACUUUCCUCGACCUGCAAGUUAUGCUCCUUCACCCCAGCCACCGGCACUACCAUCACCUCCUGUUCCCAUGACUGCCCAAAUUAUGCGGACUCGGCCCCUCCCUUCCAUUACCAGCAGACAGAGGUUAUGUUCUAUGGACUGUUUAGACUGUGGGACUCGUAACCAUUUAUCUUUCCAGUCGCGUGCAACUCGACGCACAAUGUUUCAUGGUGCUUCAAACGGUUUCCAGCCCAAUACUCCUUCUCAAUCCUCGCAGUUUCCACCAGGAAUUACCCACAAUCACACCGAUUCCAUUUGUGAUGCGCCAUCGUCAACGAAUUACAGCCCAGCGUCGGCAUUCGAUUCUUUGAUUUCGGUGCUUCGUCGACCCACCUGGUGGUUUCGAAAAAACCGAAAACAAAAGGUCAUCAACAGUGCGUGUGCUUGGUGGUCGUUGCCGUCUUCUUUGGUGGGGACCCCGAGACUGACCAUAUCAAUGGUUAAAGACAUUCUCCCUUCACAACCCCUCUCACUUAACAGUCCACUGACAGAUCUGUUUUCACGCACAAAUUUGUCAGCUCCCACCUGUAAUGCGCAGCUAUCUGCCCUACCUCCCAAAUCAUCUGUGAACAAAACUGGCAGCUGUGACCACUGUAUGACGAGUACGCGGUUCUUAGAGUUGAUCGUGAUGAUGAACCCCGAUAGCUUCUGA